GUUCAUUUCGUCGUGCUAGCCGUUUCCCGACAUUACAAGUACGUGUACCAUUACGCGUGACUUUUUCUACGUUCUGACAGAGAUAGCGAACCUGUUGAAAAACUGAAGCGAUCUUCGUGUACAGUUACAGUUGUUCCGGUAAAUUGUUGACAAAAUGCAGAAAUUGCAAAGCAUAGAGUUAGACCCAAGAGAUAAACUAGGACAAGGAGGUUUCGGUUCAGUGUUUAACGGGAAAUUUGGAGGAAAAGAAGUUGCCGUGAAAAGAGUUGAAUCAAUCGAAACUGACGAACGAGAAGAAGAUGCUCUAAAGAAGUUAAAUCACUUAAAUGUCGUCCAACUCUAUCAUGUCGAAAUUCACGAAGCAUUCAAGUACUUUGCUUUGGAAUUGUGCAAAGCAUCAUUGGAUCAAGUGUUUCUUGAUGAGAGCAAUCCCAAAAAGUACACAGGACCGCCAUUACCUCACCAUUUUACAGUUUUGUUGCAGUUGGCUUUUGGUCUCGAUCACAUCCAUUCAAAAAACUUGAUUCAUCGAGACAUUAAACCAGAAAAUGUUCUCAUUUCCGUUGGCUCUGAUGAUCAAAAGGUAACAAUGAAAUGGGCCGAUUUUGGGCUUUCCAAACCAGUGAAUGAAAGAGGAACAUUCUCAAUGAGCGGAAUAAAGGGAACAACGAAUUGGAUGGCACCAGAACUGCUUAAAGAGUACAGCGCUGGACACAGAAGUAAUGCCUUGCCGAUAAGAGGAACAAUCAAAAGCGACAUAUUUGCAGAGGGACUCGUUUUUGGCUAUUUUCUGGGAAAAGGAGUACAUCCGUUUGGUUUAAAUAUUCUAAAAAUCCCUUCAAACAUUGAAAAAGGAAAACCAGUCAAUAUGGAAAACAUUCAACCUUCAUCUGUUCGCGAGUUAAUUGAAAAAAUGUUGGAAAACAAUCCUGAAGACAGAAUUACAUCACCGGAAACCGUCCUGCGACUUGAAAAACUAAAAAAAGAGAUGGAAAUCAAAUUAUUCAAAUUAUUGGAAGCAUCAAAUGUAGACUUAGAAGAAGUCAAAGCUCUGAUAGACGAAGGUGUCGAUAUCAAUUGCGUUAAUGAAGAAGGAUCGACACCAUUUCUCCAUCUUAUGAAGGGAUGCAGCACUAAAACCAAUUUGAAAGAGACUAUGCAGUUUUUAAUCGACAACAAAGUCGAUGUCAACAGCAACAACAUACAUGGAUGUACAAUUAGAUGGAACGCCCUUCAAUUCAUGUGCAAACUUUACGGAAAAGAAGAUUUGAUUGACUUAAUUCAAAUGUUGGUUCAACACGGAAUUGUCGUUGACUCAACUGAUAACGAAGGACACAAUGCUCUUCAUUUCGUGUGCGACUAUUAUAAAAAAGAUAAUAUAAACGCCAUCAUCGAAAUUUUGAUUGACAAUGGAAUAGAUGUCAAUAGUUACAGCAAGAACAAAUGGAAUGCCCUUCAUAUGGCAUGUGGCAAUUACCAGAGAGAAAAUUUGAUUGACGUAGUCCAACUGCUGAUUAAAAGAGGAAUCGACGUAAAUUUGAAAAAUAAUUUUGGAGAAAUGGCCCUGCAAACAUUAUGUCGAAAUUAUCGAUACGUUAAAUGGAUUGAGAUCAUUGAAAUGCUAAUUCAAUCUAGAACGGAUGUCAACAACAGAAACUACGAAGGAUGGAAUGCACUACAUGCUUUAUGCCAAGCAAAACAUCAAGAACUUGACUUAAUUGAAGAAAUUCGGCUCUUAAUUGAUCAUGGAAUCGACGUCAACUCGAUUAAUGACGACGGCUGGAAUGCCCUUCAUAUUUUAUGUCAGAAUUACAAAAAAGAGAAUUUAAUUGAAAUCAUUCGCCUUUUUAUCCAAAACGGAAUUGACGUCAAUUCGACUAACGACGGUGGCUGGAAUGCCCUUCAUAUUUUAUGCAAACAUUACAGUCAAAAAAAUUUAAUUGAAAUUAUUCGUCUUUUUAUUCAAAACGGAAUUGUCCUCAACUCUACUAACGACGGUGGCUGGAAUGUCCUUCAUAUUUUAUGUCAUAUUUACAAGAAAGAAAAUUUAAUUGAAGUUAUUCGCCUAUUAAUUCAAAAUGGAAUCGACGUCAACUCGGCAAACGACGACGGGUGGAAUGCUUUGCAAAUGUUAAGCCAAAACAACAAAAAUGACAAUUUGAUUGACAUCAUUCGUCUUUUUAUUCAGCAGAAAAUUGACGUCAACUGGAAGAACAAGAAAAGAUGGAAUGUUCUCCAAUUGUUUUGUAAAUACUAUUCCAACGAUAACCUCAUCGACAUUGUCCAACUUCUAAUCGAUAACAAAAUUGAUGUCAAUCACACGGCAAACGAAGGAAAUGCACUUCAUUUACUGUGUAAAUAUUAUCCAAAUGGAAAUAUUAUCGACAUAUUCCAGCUGUUAAUUACCAAAGGAAUAACCGUGAAAUGGAAUGGCGUCGAUCCACGAACUCUAAUCCGUCAAAACCGCAAUCAAGAAAAUAAGGAUAAUAUCAUUCAAUUUCUCAAUCGCAAUAUCUAAACUACCAAAAUAAAAUUAAAUACAUCAUGUGUAACUAGUGAAAUAAACGAGAAAGUGUUCUUAUUGCAGAGGAUGGAA